UUGAAUUCUUGGGCCCCUACCCCUUGUGUGAAGUUAUUCGAUAUCCAUCCAACUGAACAGCAAGUAAUCCCCUUAAUUCCUAUCGGCAAAUCAAGUAUUUCAUUUCUUGCAUUCUAGUUCAUUACUGGAUUAGCACGAGCUUCGACCUUGUGGUUGGAGAUGGCUGCUCCUUCGUCUAUUUCUUGUUCUUGUUUUAGCCGUUGUUUCAACUAUGAUGUCUUCCUGAAUUUUAGAGGUCAGGACACUCGCAAGAUCUUUGUCGGCCAUCUCUACAAAGCUCUAGAUCAGAAAGUAAUAAGCACCUUCAUAGAUGCUGAAGAGCUCAGAAAAGGUGAUGACAUUUCUGAGUUACUGAUGUGCAUUCAAGAGUCAAGGCUUUCAAUAGUAGUUCUCUCUCAAAACUAUGCUGCCUCCACAUGGUGCUUAAAAGAACUUGCAAAAAUCCUGGAAUGCAUGGAUACAAGGAAGCAGAUAGUUGUGCCCGUUUUCUACGAAAUAGAUCCCUCUGAUGUUCGCAGACUCAAGAGAAGUUUCGCAAAAGCUUUUGCCGAAUAUGAACAUGAUCCUAACACCCCCAAUGAAGAUGUGCAGAGCUGGAAGUCCGCUCUAACCAGAGUUACCUACUUGUCUGGCUGGGACUCGCGUGAUUACAAGGAUGAUGCUAAGCUCAUUGACGACAUUGUAGAGGAUAUAUUUAAUAAAUUGAUUCACAUAUCCUCAAGUAAAGCAAACAGCUUGGUUGGAAUGGACACCCACUUGAAGGAAAUGGAUUUGUUAUUAUGUCCUGCAGACCCUGCAGUCAACAAUGUUUGCAUUAUUGGAAUAUGGGGAAUGGGCGGCUUAGGCAAAACAACGAUUGCUAGAGCUGUUUAUGAUAGAAUCGCCUGUAAUUUUGAGCACUAUUGCUUCCUUGAAAAUGUCAAUGAAGGUUUCAUGAAGAAGGGUAAAAUACAAAUGCAAGAAGAACUUCUAUCCAAAAUCUUGAAGGAAAAGGUGCACGAUCUAGGCAUGUUGAACAGAGGUUCCAACAUGAUAAUGGAAAGGCUCGGUAAGAAAAAAGUUUUUCUUGUUCUCGAUGAUGUAGACAAUUUUGCCCAGAUUGAAACCUUAGUUGGGAGACAUUCCUUCGGUAGUGGAAGUAGAAUCAUUAUAACAACUAGAUAUAUACAGUCCCUCAGCGGUGUUGAUGCGACAUAUAGUCCUUCUUUCUUAAGUGAUAAUGAAGCUCUUGAACUGUUUAGGCAGCAUGCCUUCAGAACAAACCAACCCACUGGAGAGUACAAUCAUCUCUUAAGGUGUGUCAUAGAAUAUGCUCAAGGUCUGCCUUUAGCACUUAAAGUCUUGGGAGCUUUUCUUAAUAACAAAAGUCCACUUGAGUGGGAAGAUGUGUUGGAGAAAAUAAAGAAAAUCCCGCACAGAGAAAUACAGGACGUGCUUAGAACAAGCUUUGAUGGACUGGAUGAUUUAGAGAAGGAGAUAUUUCUAGAUAUUGCAUGCUUCUUUAAAGGGAUAAGCAAAGGCUAUGUAAUAAAAAUCCUAGAUGGUUGUGGCUUUUUUUCCCAUUGUGGAUUAAGAGUUCUAGCUGAUAGAGCUCUCAUUACUAUCUCAGAUUGGAACAUGGUCGAGACACAUGAUUUACUACAGGAAAUGGGUCGGGAAAUUGUCCGCCAAGAAUCUGUUAAGGAGCCUGGGAGACGCAGUAGGUUGUGGAGUUAUGAAGAUGCUACUAAGGUGUUAACUCCAAAUACGGCUACCGAAGCAGUUGAAGGCAUAUUCCUGGACUUGUCAAAGUCGAAAGAGGUAUACUUACAUGCUGAAGGUUUUGUUAGAAUGACAAAACUACGGCUGCUCAAGAUACAUUACAACUCUGGUGACGAUCCAAGUGAUGACUGUAAACAGCACAUGAUUGGGGACUUAAAGUUUCUCUCUCAUGAGCUGAGGCUUCUCCUCUGGCAUGGAUUCCCCCUAAAGUCCUUACCAUCCAAUUUUCAGCCGAAGAAUCUUGUUGAUCUUGACAUGCGGUAUAGUCUCAUUGAACAACUUUGGGAAGGAACCAAGCCUCUGGAAAAGUUGAACUUCAUCAACUUAAGUCACUGUCAAUACCUUAACAGAAUCCCCGACUUCAGUGAGGCACCAAAUCUUGAGAGACUGAAUCUUGAAGGUUGUGUAAGUUUGUUGGAGGUUCACCCAUCCAUUUCAGCUCUUAGAAAACUUGUUUUCUUGAGUCUAAAAGGCUGCAAAGAACUUAAGAGUGUUUCAAGCAGCAGUAUUGGUAUGAAAUCUCUUAAAAUCCUCAAUCUUUCUGGCUGCUUAAGUCUUGAGAAGUUUCCAGAGAUAUCAGUAAUUUUGAAGGAGCUAUCAGAGCUUUGUUUAGAUGAUACUGCAAUUGAAGAGCUGCCUUCAUCGAUUAAUAAUCUUACUGGUCUUGUUACUUUGAAUCUCAGAGGUUGUAAAAAACUUAAGAUUCUUCCGAGCAGCAUUCAUUUGAAAUCUCUUAAACACUUUUAUCUUUCUGGCUGCUCAAACCUCGAGAAUUUUCCAGAGAUUUCAGAAGUUAUGAAGCUACCACAGCUUUACUUAGAUGAGACUGCAAUUAAGGAACUGCCCUCAUCGAUUGAUCGACUUCAGGGGCUUGAAAUGUUAAGUAUGAGAAACUGCAGAAGCCUCCUCUGUCUUCCGAACACUAUUUGUAACUUGGCAAAUCUUACGGAGCUAUAUCUGACUGGGUGCUCAGCGCUUUCUAACUUGCCUGAAAACUUGGGGAAUUUAGAAUUCUUGAGGGACCUUGAAGUGGAGGGAAGUGGUAUAACACAACUUCCAUUCUCUAUCUUACUUUUGAAGUUUGAAACGUUAUCAUGUGCAGGAUGUAAAGGAAUGAUGGCACCCUUUUCAUCAUGGUCAUCAUCAGUCCAAGAAUAUUCUAGUUACUCAGGUCUGCAACUUCUUAAUUUAAGUGACUGCAAUCUGUUGGAGUUAUCAGACGGUAUUGCUCACUUAUCUUCAUUGCAUACACUAGAGCUGCGCAGAAAUAAUUUUGAGAGCCUGCCUGCAACAAUGAAUCAACUGGUUCGUUUAACACGUCUCAAUGUGGAAGCUUGUAAGAGUCUCAAAUCAAUACCGGAACUUUCUUCAAGUAUACAGUACAUAGAUGCGCAUGAUUGUACAGCUUUGCAUACAGUUUCAAAGCCAAAAUUAAAACCUCAGCAACAGACACAUCAUUCCUUCACAUUUUCUAAUUGCCUCCAGCUGGUACAAACAAAUCUAUUUAACGAUAUCGUGGAAACUCAUUCUCAUUGUCAGGAUAACUGUCUGCAAGUUCUUUCCUUCAAAAUGUGUCUUGCUGGAAGGAAUAAAAUUCCCGAUUGGUUCAACCAUCAGUGUGGCGGAUCUUCAAUUACGGUGCAACUACCACCAAAUUGGUUCUGUAAUCAGUUCUUUGGAUUCGCUAUAUGUGCUAACUUUAAGGGUGCUAAUAUCGAAACAUCCCAUCUCUCUGCUCGAAGUUUCUGUACUUUAACAGGAAAUCAGGGUAAAACUGCUUUCAGUUUUGAUUUGCUCCGUUGGCGUUUCAAAAGUGACAGAUUCCUAGAGUCAGAUCACAUGUUCCUGGGAUAUGUUUCAUGGUCUAAAUAUCGCCUGGUUGAACAAGGAAAGCCAAUCAAUGAAAGAUAUUACACUGAGGCCACAUUUGAGAUUGUAGUAGAAAAUGGAAUUCAUGCACCCGAUUUCAGGACAGAAAUACAACAACAUUGUAUCACAAGUUGCGGAGUUCGUUUCUUUACCCGGCCCAAGUGUGACCAUGACAGAUGUGAAAUCCUUUUGGCUACCAUGCGGAAGAGAAAGAGAGAGAGAAAAAGAGAGAGGCGGCGGCGGCGGAGUGGGCAGGUUCAUUAACAGGUUUAAGCCAAUUGAGGGCCUCACAGCAGACGCCAGAUUCUCAGUUGAUGAUCAUGUUAUAGUCCAGUGUCGGCCGGAGGAAGUUCCGGUAAGAGACCAGAAUCUCGAGAAUCCGGUUGAGGUGCUUGACCGAGGGUUUGCAGUGGAAUUGGAACACUGUGUAGAAGGUUUUGAGGGCCUUCUGGGGCAAAUGGGCCUCGUCGUAGAUUUUGAUGAGGUGGGUGAAGAGAGCUGGGGAGGGGGAGUAGGUUUGGGACUUGAGGCGGAGGAGGAGGUGAUCGACGAGAGAGAAGUAGAGGGAGCGGGCGAGCUUGAGGAUGAGGGUGAAGUAGGAGGAGUAGGAGUGACGGAAAUGGGGGUGGCGGGCGACGAAGUCGAAGAUUUCUUUGGCGAGGAGAGGGUCGGAUUGGGAAAGCGAUGAGCUUUUGGACUCUGGAGGGAGACCCAAUGAUUUCAUGGUGGGUUUGUGGGUGGUGGGGGUGGGGUUGGGGUUGGGAGGUGUGGAAGAAGAAGGAGAUGAGUGGUGGGGUUUUUGGCGGGAGGGUUAGUACGGUUUUGGGUGAGCGUAGGGAGAGGAGAUGCCGCAUCUUUUCUCUCUAGUCUCUACAUAGCUCCUUCAGAUCAAACUGGGAAGACUGAAAGAUUCAAAGAUGCAGACUUUUUGUUGUUCUGAGAGUGAAAGAUACAGACUUUUACUUCAUUUCUUUCAAAGAAAACCCAAUAAAGGCCAUUACUUUUACCAACCGACGAGGCCCAAAUUUCAGCCCAUUCGGUUGUUGAGGGGAAUCAAAGAUGUCAUGGCAACUAAAAGGGUCCAUUGGUUCAUUGGAAUCUGUGACGCCGGACGGCCAUGGAUUUUGCUUAUCACGGUAAGAGAAGCUGCUGCAGCUUUGGGUUUGUUCCUCUAAUGCGUGCAUUGAAUUCGUAGUUGCCUUAGUCUUCAGUUGAUGUCAUGCUCUCAUUGUUAUCAUUGUUAUCUGUUGUUGAUUAAUAUUGUGCUUGGAAGCAAAAUUGAUAUUACCCA